GUCUCAAUUCAGUAACAGGGGCACGAUGGCUGCGGACAGUGCGCUGCUGCUGUCUCUGGUGGAGGAGUAUGUCUCUGGACUGCAGGACAGCAAAGCCAAAGAUACAGCAACAGCUGUCAAAAAUGGAGAGUUUACAGUUCUGCAGCUGGUGGAGGCACUGGGACUGAGUCUGACCAGCUCUCAGCCUCACACUCGAGCCAGAGGAGUCCAGCUUCUCUCCGAAGUUUUACACGAGUGCUAUGGAGGUCUUACAGAGAAAGAAGUGGAAGUGCUCCUUGUCUUCUAUGAAAACCGUUUGAAGGACCAUCACGUCAUCACUCCUCCGGUUUUACAGGGGCUCAGAGCGCUGACAAAAUGUACGGUGCUGCCUCCUGGCUCAGCAGUGUCCAUGCUGAGGUCUUUGUUCCAGGAUGUUCACGUUCAGUCUUUAAUGCUGACGGAGAGAGCCUACGUCUACAACAUGCUCAUCAACCUCAUGGCGAUCAGAGAAGCAGAACUGAAGGGCUUGGGACCAGACUUUGUGUUUGGUUUUGUCCAAUCAAUGGACGGAGAGAGGGAUCCUCGUAACCUGCUGUUAGCGUUCCAGAUCGCCAAAGGCAUCGUCCUGCGAGGUUAUGAUCUAGGUAAAUUCACAGAGGAGCUGUUCGAGGUGACGUCCUGCUACUUCCCCAUCGACUUCAGCCCCCCUCCCAACGACCCCCACGGCAUCACCAGAGAGGAGCUGAUCCUCACGCUGAGGGACGUCCUCACCGGGACGCCAAGAUUUGCAGAGUUUCUGUUGCCUCUCAUCAUUGAGAAGCUGGACUCAGAUGUUCAGAGCGCGAAGCUGGACUCGCUGCAGACUCUGACUGCUUGUGUGUCUCAAUACGAACACAAGGACCUGGCAGAAUUCCUCGAGGGACUGUGGGCGUCACUGCGCAGAGAGGUGUUUCAGACAUCGAGUGAGAAGAUCGAGUCUGCCGGCCUCGCCACGGUCACCGCGAUCACUUCCUGUCUGUCUCGCUCCGUACUCAACUCCGACUCUGAAGACUCCCUCAACACCUUCCUGGAGCUCGUUCUCAAAGGUGGAGGUUCCUCGGGUGGACGAGCUUCUGUCAGCUCUGGAGGAGAUGAGCUGCUCCGUCCUCCACCCUCUCUCCUACACCUCGGCUGCUAAAUGCCUUUCUGGUCUGCUGAACAAGAAACCACACGGUGAUUCUCUGGACAGCCGGAUUCACAGCACGAUGAAGAGGGUCUGCAGUGAGCUGGACUCUUCGUCUUCAUCAGUUCACACUCAGGCCUUCACCCUCAUGAUCUGGGUUGCCAAAGCUCUACUUCUCCGAUACCACCCUCUGUUCACCACACUGACUGACAAGCUCUUCUCUCUGCUCGAUGACGCUGCUCUCGGUCCUCUGGCGGCCGACGGUUUCUCGCUGCUGAUGAGCGACUCGCCCGACAUUUUGAACCGCGGUUGCCACGCCGACGUUCGCAUCAUGUACCGCCAGCGCUUCUUCAGCGAGAAUUCAGCCAAAUUAGUCCAAGGUUUCAACGCUGCGCCGCAAGAGAAGAAGCCUAACUUCCUGAAGGCUCUGUCUAACAUCGUCAACAAGCUGCCAAAGCAAGUCCAGCUCACGGAGCUCCCAGCGCUGCUGUCCCUGCUGCUGGAGGCUCUCUCCUGUCCUGAUCUGGGGGUCCAGCUCUCCACGCUGUCCUGCCUGCAGCCCGUCCUCGUCGACCCGCCCCCCUCCCUGAUCCAGCAGCUGGAGGCUCUGAUUGGCCGCCUGCUGGCCCUCACCGGCAGUCCCGACAUGGAAGUAAGGAUCUCCUCACUGCGGUGCAUCCACGCUGUUUCCCAGUUCCCUGAACAUGAGAUCCUGCCGGUUCGAGCCCGGGUUCUGCGAGCUCUCGCCCGCCCGCUGGACGACAGGAAGCGGCUCGUGAGGAGAGAGGCGGUGCACGCACGAAACGACUGGUUCCUGGUUGGAAGUUGAUUCUGCUCCUCAAACACAUCCCGAGUCUCCCUCCACUCUAAACCUGGAAGAUUUCAGAUAAAGUGGGAAAUCAGAUCACACACUCUUCGUGAACUGUCUUUGGUCCUUCCAGACUCCUCUCCUUUUUUACUGAGAUGUUUUUGUCCUAACUGUCUGUUCAUAAACGCACAAGUAAGAGAAUAUGUGGACUGACUGGAGCAUUAUCGAAGUGUAAGAAAGAAAAUAAGCAGCUUGUUUUGAAAUGUGUAACGCCUCGUGUACGUCGUUGUCUUUCUCUUUUUGUAUCGGAGGAAAGGUAACAUCAUGGAGGCAUUUGGGUUGUUCAUAGUUUGAAGAAUGUGACAUCAAUUACAUUUCAGAUCUCAAGAAUAAGAGCUCUGUCAUAAUAAUAAAGUCAAAUGUAUCCUUAGGGUUUCUUACAAGGUCACUCCAAGAUGUUAUGGGCUCCUCUUUGGUUUAAACGACUACUUCCAACACAUUUCGUAAAAAAUCUCAGUCGUUUUUCUGUAAUUCUGCAAAGAAAACAGAGAAAAGAAGCCGGAAACAUCCUCGUUAGUAGAUGAACAAAUCAAUAUAUAUAUUUAAUUGAGUAUUCAAACAAGUUUCAUUAAAUUCGGAGACGCUUUUCUUUAAGUCUGUAAACAAAAUGGAGAAAAGAAACUAAAAACAUCCUGGUUCGAAGAGGUAAUAAAACAAAUGCGUCUUUUUUAAAUUCUUAACCUAAUUAAACGUGUUCAGAUCUAGUAGUUAAAGUCUCAAAUUCAAAAUGUCUCUGUUAAAUAGGUUGUAUGUUUGAUCUCCUAUACACAGAGAGGAAGUUAACACCGUACAGACUUUGAAUGGGAAAGUAUCAUGACCUGGUAGCAACAUUUUCUUUAUUUUGUUUUACUUUAUGACCAUUUUGAGAGUUUCUGCUUCUUAAAAAAUCAUAUAUUUUCUUUUCCACUACUUACAGCACUGAGCGCUAUUCUCUUAUCUGGAUGAAUGUGUAGAAGUAACGUGUGCAAACAGCAGCGGUGGGUGCGUUUGAUUCGUGUCACUGGGAGGUGUUGAAUGUGUGCCAAUUGUGCUCGACCUCCACUGAUUUUUAACACACAUUUUACAUAAAUGUUGGGGUUAAUUUAAGAUUGUAAGUUGAGUGAACAUCUUGUUAAACACCUGCCUUUUUUUCGCUCAAUAUUUAAACUAAUAUUGGUGUUAUUGUCGAAUCCUUGCUGAAGAAAGGUUGGCUCACUUUGGACCUCACAGCAACUUAUGCCAAGGAAAAAGACGAUAUUUAAAAUGUCAUUAAAACAUUUAUUAUACAAAAUGCAUUAAA